AGGAAGCAAGAGUUGCAUUCAGUCACACAGAAACUGGGAGGCUGUUGCUGUGGAUGGAUCUUGUCUAGGCUGCUGUAUUCACCUGCUCUUUUCUAAAGCCAACUUCUGCUCCUCUUUCUCCAACCUAUGGAGGCUACUUUCAGAAUUGUAUUGUUUUUGAUGGUCGUGGCUGCAUCGGCAGAAGAUGAUUACUGCUCAUGUCCAACCAACAAACGGACACAUUGUGCCAUGGAGCAAGGCAGCUGUGUCUGCAAGGCUCGGGGUUCAAAUCACAAAGUGGACUGUUCAACGCUGACAUCUAAAUGUCUGCUUAUGAAGGCCGAGGCGAGUGCCCCAGGAGGCAAGAGGUUUCCAAAGCCUGAAACGGGUUUUUUGGACAAUGAUGGACUGUAUGAUCCAGACUGUGAAAACAGUGGCAUCUUCAAAGCCAGGCAAUGCAAUCAUACAGAUACUUGUUGGUGUGUGAACAGUGCUGGGGUCAGGAGAACGGAUAAGAGUGAUAAAAACAUGCAAUGCAAUGAGCUUGUUAGAACAAACUGGAUUUUCAUCGAGCUCAAGCACAAAGAGAGGGAAACUUCCUUCUCCCAGUCUGAAGUAGCCAGCAGUCUUCGGCACCUCAUUCAGAACCGGUAUAUGCUUCGCCCAAACUUCAUCUCAUCUAUUGAAUAUGAUCACCCAUUCAUCAAAAUUGACUUGAAACAGAAUGCUUCGCAGAAGUCUUAUGGAGAUGUGGAUAUUGCAGAUGUAGCCUAUUACUUUGAAAAAGACAUCAAAAGUGACUCCCCUUUUGUCUCCGAUAAUAAAUUUAAUAUCACGGUCAAAGGAGAGCCGUUAGAUAUUGAAAAAGUCCUGGUUUACUACGUGGAUGAAAUCCCCCCAGAAUUCUCAAUGCAAUUCCUGAAAGUUGGUAUUGUGGCAGUGGCUGUGGUGAUUCUUGUGGCCAUUUUAAUUGGGAUUGCUGUGUUUGUGUUUAUGAGGAGAUGGAGGACUGGAAAAUAUGAGAAAGUUGAGAUUAAGGAAAUGGGCGAAAUGCAAAUAAAUCGGGUUUCGUAGAUGCUGUAAUCUGAAAGCAGAAUUAAGAUUUUGAUACUGGGGAAAUGAAAAAUAGAUAAGAUUAUCCCCUGUUGUUCAAAGGGAAGGAGACAUUAAUUUUUCCUUCUAAUAAUAAUCAAGGUAAAAACAAUAGCUUUGUAGAAUCUUCCCCAAUUGCAAAAUGGAAAAUAGAUGAAGGCUGAAGAUAUAUUUGAAGUUUCAGAGAGAAAAAAAUAUUCUAAUGCUGUAAUCUCUUCCUGAAAUGUUCCCAUUUCAUGGUGUUUUUUUAAGAAAACAAAGUUGUUCCAUAGCUACACAGUUAGCUUAAUUUAUCAACUCUGUUUCUAUACCUGUUUUUGUGUGUAUAUUAAAAUAUUUUUUUUCUGUGUCUCUCAAGCACAAGACUUAUUCCUACAUUUAAGAUUGGCUUUUUGUUUGUUAAAAAUGUUACCCUUUUAUUUUGUAAGUUUAAUUGACUGAAAAUAUUUGCUUAUGUUCCAGAUCUAAAACUGUAAGAAUGCUACUUUUGUAAAGUAAUGCCAGCAUAACUUUUCUAAUGGAAUCUAUCUUGUGUAACAUAAUGGUGUCUUUAAAUAAAUUUUCUUAACUUUAAAAUGCUGUUAAA